AUGGGCUGGGGCCCGCCACAUCUCGUUUCCAUAUUUCUUGUCUUAUUGAAAGUUGAUGAAAUUACGUCCGUUCUCUGCUCGCAAUGCCCUUUCACUCCCGAGCCACCACAUGUGAAUGAAUGUCCAGAGACUUGUGAAGGAGAUGUCUGUUAUAUAGUUGUGAACAAGUUCUUCAACGGAACGAUUAGCGCGGGAUGUCUGAACUUGCGAUCGGGCGAUCACUUUGGCGGGGAGAACGUGUGUCAUCGAGAAGAGACUAGAACGAUUUGCGGUUGUGAGGGCGCGGCUCGUUGCAAUGACCCGCAAACCCCGUUGGCCGCCUACAAAUUCGUGGACGAGCCCGUGUUCAGCAGAGAUCAGCCCAUUCCACCAUUACAAUCAGAUGAAGCCACUGUGAAACCGAUGUUGGUCACUGGGACGAGUGAGGAGCAAUUGAUUGAGGUGAAAUCGUCAAUGUUCGUGAAAAGCACUGAUGGCGUCACGGGCACUCCCACCUUCAAACCUCAUUCAUCGACCACAAAUGACAUCACUCAACUCGCCGAUCUCGGCAAGCACCUUCCCUCCACUGCACCGAGUGACAUUCUGCCGGCUUUGUUACUCGACAAUUCCACAAAUGCACCCGAAACAUCGGAUAUUGUUGAAAUUGAAGAAAACACGACGAAUCCAUCAAAUUUCGCUGUGGUUUUGAGUACGGUAGCUACAGCGCCCACUACAGUGAUAGAACAAGAAGCCGAGAAUGUGCCUCAUUUGAAACCGUUUCCAGAGGCGAAUUUCUCCACUCUCCCACAUGAAGCCGAAAUGGAUAAUGGGAAAACGAUGGAAACAAAGCAAACAAAGCAAACAUCGAUUUCGAUUGCCUCCAAUCAACUCAUCGACCUUAAACCACCACCACCGAACACCACACUGCCUCCAAUGGAACAAUCCUCACCAGUGAUCAUUUCAAAAUCGACCUGGAAUUCGAUUGAGAUCGAUCGAGAGCGAAAACCGAGCACAUCGCCCGGACUCGAUAAAGAAACCGCACCGGAAAAUGGUUCAUCGCAAGGUUGGGGCAGUGUUGAAGAGAUCGAAAGUGAGCAUACGAGAGCCCCAAAAGCGAAUGAACCCCAGCGAGCCGGGCUAAAUUCGGCGGAAAGCGGCGAUGAACAGGCAAAAGGUGUCGCCAGUCCACAAGAAGGCACAACUGGUGGAUCCCCGCAAACCACCGUCGUUUUCUCGAUUCUCACCAUUUUCCUCACAACAUAUCUCAAGCUG